AUGUCCUACCACCAUCACAGGAACCCCAGCCAGAGCAGCCACCGCACCAUGAGCGCCGAGGAGAGGUGCUCCACGCCCGUCCACCACCACAAGACGUCCACGCCCACACACAAAAGCGCCUCGUCCUCCUCCUCGUACCAGCGCGACAGCCGCCAGGUAAGCAGCGCCCGCCACCAGACAGACAGAGCGAGACACAGUCCGCUGCUCUGGGAACAGUGGAGUGGAGUGAUUCACUCAGUCUGGUCCCCUGAGACUGUCUCUGGAGCAGCAGACAGACAGAGUGGGACUGACUGACUGGAAGUAACAGCUCCCUGAGCACAGUCUGCAAGGGGCGAUCACUGAGAGCUGUGCUAUUAUGAUGAUGUGAGGAGCUGAUGACUAUGCACUGUAUGUCUCUAGCUAUUAUCAUUCUAGUUGUUUCUUUAUGUUGUGCACUAUAUUAUGUUGUAGAGUAGUGGCUGCAAUUUCAGGCACUGAGGCUUAGCUGUGUCCACUGUUCACCAUGUCCUAAGUGGGAGGUAUUGUAAACAGUGAAUUAGCAACGUUCUUGUUUAGGGUCAGCUUACGGGGGCUUAAAUAUUAGCCCCUUUUGUCAGCGUGUGAAGAGGAAGCCUUUCUACUUCUAUCUUGGUCUGUGUACUGAACUGCCAUAUCACCUUAGCCACAGAGAAACAGGACACUUAACUGGAAUCUCUGACAUCAUGGCUUUUCCAGUGGGGGGUCAUGAAUAAAUCAUGAGGUAGAGUGAGAAAGCCAAGGCUCGAUUGGUCCAGUGAACAUGUGGCACGCUCUGGUAUGCUGUGCUGUAUGGGAGCUACUGCUGCAUUCCCGUAACCAUGGGAGAUUGCUCUCUGAAGAGGAGUGCUUUGGGGAGUAGAUGGGGGAAUUGCGGCCUGUACAGAACACUUACAGUAGCAGUCAGGCUUGCUGCUAAAUGAGAGAUUUAACCCUUCCUAUGCCUCCUACUCUAUUCCCUGUCAUGCUGUACAUGGUGUACAAAGAGACCUUGCGAGCUCUGCAGUCUUCUAGCCUAUUCCCUGAAUUCACUCUAGUCUAAAUACCAUAUUGAUGUCCCAUUCCUACUCCGCUGAUUUAAUGAGUUUAAUUAAAGUAGCGAGCAAGGGAGGUAAGAGGCAUACAAUAAAUUAGGCACUUGUCCAAUUGAUUCACCUUACUCAUCCUUUGUGAGACUGCAAUGCCUAGAAAGGUUAUUGGCCAUAGUGACUGCUGUUGUAUUUCAUUACUGUAGUCAUUUACUGGGUAGAUACUGUAGAUCCAGUGAAGCACCAGUGGAUUGUCUACUACAGUACACAGCUAUUGUUGUGUUGAGGCUAGAGGCCUGGAGGCAGGGCCAUGUGGUGUGAUUUGUUAAUACAGGCUUAUCCUGUGUCCUCAUUGGCUCCGAGUUGAACGGCACGACUAGCUACAACCCAGCUCGGUAUCACCAUCACCAUGGUGAUGCAUUAACUCAAGCACCAAGAAUAAUCUUGAUAACUCUAUGUUGUCACAUUGUCUAUGUGGUUAGCGUGUGUAGAAAUAGUAUAUGUUUCAGUGUCUGUAUGUGUGUUUACUGCUGUAUAAGGGUUACAUCCUCCCUAGGGACUCCUGGGGAUCAGUGUGUCUGUGGUGCAGACUACAGACCCAGGAAAAUACCUUAGGAGGCUUGGCUGGCUGCAGUGUGCUCCAGUGUGUGAGGGAAAGUGAGUGCAGUGGCUAUUUGUGAGGGAAGCCUUAAUGAGAUCCAGUCCCUCUGGGAUCAGUACGUGUCACUUCCCCUUGUGCUGCUGACCAUCAUUAAGCACUCUGGACUGGAUACCCUCACAAGUGCAAUUAGAGACACCACCUGCAGUGUAUAGUACAGACACACUGAUUCAGCGCACAUCAUACACAGUGUAUCUAGAUAAUCACACCAACCUUUUCUUUAUGCUUUAACAACCGUCUGCCAUCUCUUAGUGUGUAAGGCAUCCUGUAGCUCAGUUGGUAGAGCAUGGCGCUUGCAACGCCCGGGUUGUGGGUUCGAUUUCCACGGGGGGCCAGUAUGAAAAUUGUAUGCACUCACUAACUGUAAGUGGCUCUGGAUAAGAGCGUCUGCUAAAUGACUAAAAUGUAAAAUGAUAAGAUGGUUUUGAGGCAUGGAGAUGGGGAACAUGAUGAAUCUGAAACGGUUGGUUCCCUGUAUGUUUCUGUGGGGGACCAGGGAAAGUAUUUUGAUAGCAGAUGACUAGUGGAUUUAUGGCUGUGGAGAAAUCAAUAACAUGAUUAUGAACAGCAACAGCAGAUAGAGGUAACCUACCAUCUGUUGCCCUUGUCAGUGUGUAAAGUGGAGAGUACAGCAGACACAGUAGGUAUUCCCACCUGCCCCCCCUCACUCUGAGAAAUCCUCUCAGUAAAUACACUGCUCCACUAUAGGUCAGGCUUCUGCCUUCUGGCACCUAAAGGUUUAACUCUGUGCUUUCUUCCCCUCUCCCCUCCUGCAGCUCUGAAUCAAUCAUGUUUACUACAGUGUACAUGAGGCAGUGGAAAAGUCCCAAAUGGCACCCAAUUCCCUAUACACGGAGUGUACAAAACAUUAGGAACACAUGCUCUUUCCAUGACAUAGACCGACCAGGUGAAUCCAGGUGAAAGCUAUGAUCCCUUAUUGAUGUCACUUGUUAAAUCCACUUCAAUCAGUGUAUAUGAAGGGGAGGAGACAAUUGAGACAUGGAUUGUGUAUGUGUGCCAUUCAGAGGGUGAAUGGGCAAGACAAAAGAUUGAAGUGCCUUUGAACGAGGUAUGGUAGUAGGUGCCAGGCGCACAAGGUUUGUGUCAAGAACUGCAACGCUGCUGGGUUUUUCAUGCUCAACAGUUUCCCGGGUGUAUCAAGAAUGGUCCACCACCCAAAGGACAUCCAGCUAACUUGACACAGCAGUGGGAAGCAUUGGAGUCAACAUGCGCCAGCAUCCCUGUGCAACGCUUUCGACACCUUUUAGUCCAUGCCCCGACGAAUUGAGACUGUUCUGAGGACAAAAGGGGGUGCAACUCAAUAUUAGGAAGGUGUUCCUAAUGUUUUGGUCACUCAGUGUAUAAUUCCCUAUAUUUCCUAUGGGCCCUGGUCAAAAGUAGUGCACUAUUUAGGGAAUAGGGUGCCAUUUGGAAUGCAGGCAGAGUUUAUAUUACCUCACACUGCGUUACAUCUCAUCAGUAGCGUAGCAACUGCCCAGCUUCUCUCACACUCAGAUUUAUUGCAAAGCAAAACCCAGGACUGCAGCAAAUGACUCUCGUCUCAUUACAAUCACAUUGGCAGUGAUUACCAAUGCCUGGCACUUAGGUUGUCUGCUGCUGAUCAGCGCUGGGGCCCAAUGGGUACUUGAUGUGGUACUUGAAUUAACAUCCAUCAUGUUGGGGGAGUAGUUAAUACGUUGUGGGUGUUCCGCUGCAAAUCUCAGCCUGCUACUUGUUGUUGUUUAGGCUGCAGGUGAGUUGUCUUGAUUAGUUGCGAAAGAUUCACUACACAAAAUCAACAUUGUCUCAAGUGUGGUGGUGUUAGCAUUACCUGAUUUGAGUUUAUUAGAUAUGCAUCAGUACACAGAGAACACACCAAACAAGCCGGUAUGUUGCCCAAUGCUCAAGCAGUAGUAGGCCCUCAAUGUGCUGUUGUGUGUCUGUUACUCUGUUCUCCCUCUGGCUCUCCACCCCUAAGUGUUCAUUUUGAGCAGAGUCCCUGGGAAAACAGAUGUGUCAGAUGAAGCUGCCAUAGGAAUUUUGCUUCUGCCGUGCAGUGUAGGUCUAGAUAUUUAUAGUCCAGAUUCACCCUAAGUUGUCCCCAAGGACCGUUUGUCCUUUUCCCUGCUCCUAAAGACCUUACCUGUAGUAACGGUUUGAUUCAUUGCAGUAUUAUAGGUUAAUGUAGCCUACUACACCACUGGGUACCAAUGAAGAAAGGUUGGUCCCAUGAGCUGGUAGUUAGUUAGGUUUAUACUCUUUCCAUGCUGGUGGAUGUAUAAUGCAUUGCAAGGUUUAAAGCAGUGGAAUAAUCGUCAUGAGUUGGAUCCAGUGGAUAUCAUGGCUAUUAAAUCACAAUCCCAGGUUGUAAAACAAUUUAGACUACGUUAAAGCUGAACUGAAACGUUUUAGGAAGUAAGGGUUCUUUUUAAUAAUGCUUUAUUAGGCCUAGGUAUUCAUAAGAGCCUACUUCAGAGAUUUUUUUUUUUCAUUUUGAUCUUUGGGUUGUUCAAAUCUUGAGAGGAUGUUGAAGUAAAUAAAUCUGCUUUCCUCUGUUGCAGUAUGAGCAAGCUUUUAUUUAGUGUAGUGUUGAUUUAUUUCUUUAGAAGUGAGAGAAUGACUUAUGACCAUAUUUUAAUAAUAAUAGACUACACAGGGAAGUUGUUUUAGUGAACUGAGGUUUGCUCUUGUUCUUUGUCUUUUAAGCAGAAUCAGGGAGCUGGAAGCCUGCUUACUGUGUGUUGGGACAACAUAGUUGUAUAUUAUUGGAGCAACCUCAAUCCAUCUAUUCUCAAGCCUUGUGAGGCCACAGAUUUAGUGAUUAUUAUGCAUUUAUUCCUCUUCAAGCGUAAUGAGGGCAAGUAUCCAAACCUUUUUUGAAUUAAUUUCUUUGGAAGCGUCUCGUUUUUGAAUUAAUUUCUUUGGAAGGUGAGUUGAACUUUUUAAAUAGAGGGCUUGGAAUGGCCUACUUCUCCUCCCAGGCUGCUAUGGUGACUGAACUGGGGCAGACCAGAACAGAAUACCAGCUGUAGUCUCUGGCUUUCUGCUCUGUGCUGGAUAAAAAGGUCAUGUCUACUUUGCUAUAUUUAUUACGCUGUCCUAUGUUGUUAUCACACACACACAGAGAGAGAGAGAGGAGGUUGUUACAAAGUGAGAGGUGUAUUUUUGUCCACAGCAGUGCAGCUGCCAACAGUUUGUUUUGCCCUGGGUGUUGUGUGUGGUUAUAGCCACAUGGCCCUUCAUGGCCUAUAGUAAUCCCUGGGUGGUGGGUGAUACCUCAUCCUGUCAUGCACACACACACACACACACACACACACACACACACACGAGAGAGGAGGAUGUUACAAAGUGAGAGGUGUAUUUUUGUCCGCAGCUGCCAACAGUUUGUUUUGCCCUGGGUGUUGUGUGUGGUUAUAGCCACAUGGCCCUUCAUGGCCUAUAGUAAUCCCUGGGUUGUGAGUGAUACCUCAUCCUGUCAUGCACACACACACACUGGGCUGUCAGCGCUAAAGGGGGCAUCUUAUUAGGCAGCUAACACUGUUCCGUAUUCAGCUGUAACCUCACCUGACCAUUGCCUGGCCAACACAGCCCAGUGGGGAUUCUCCUGGGUCUCUGUCUCAUAGUGGGACACUUCUGCCCUGUCAUACCUAUUCCCACCUGACUCCAUCCCUCCCUCCCCUCCACUCCAGAGGAGGCCAGUGAUUUGCAGAGCCAACAGAAACAGGAGAGCAGACUAAGGGAAAGCUAAUGGAGUGGAAAUGCUGAGAGGGCUGGAAGAUACUCAGUCGGGCAGUAUUUCUGUAAAUAGGUAGAAGAAAUGUCCAGUUCAAUGUAAUAUACUGUAGUAUACUAGUAGUAUUUCUGUUAUAGCUGGUAGUAUCUAUUAUUCAUACUGUUUACAGGCAGGAUGCGAUGCGGCCCAGGCCGGGCGUUUCUUUACUGUUGCUGUUUUCUCUGACCCUGGAGAAGUGAACAGAUGAGUUCCGACACGGCUCUGUUUUUCUCUCCAUCCCUAGGAGGCAGACAGCUGGGAAAUCAUUGAGGGGCUGAAAAUCGGUCAGAGCAACGUCCAGAGGCCAGAUAAGCACGAGGGCUUCAUGCUGAAGAAGCGAAAAUGGCCGCUGAAAGGCUGGCACAAGGUAGGGCUUGAUGACCGAGUGGGACACAACACUGUUUACUUGUUUUCAUCGAUUUCCUUGUUGUGAAACCCUUCAGAAAAGUCAACAAACAAUUCUCACAGUUCUCUUCAAAUAGGGGACAUAUAUUUCCAGAGACAAGUACUGUUGUCCCACCAACUCAAUGUUUUGUUGUUGUUGUUUUUCCAAAGCGUUUUUUUGUCCUGGACAAUGGGAUGCUGAAGUACUCCAAGUCGCCCAUUGAUGUGAGUAACCCUGACUAGUAGCCACGGGGCAGAGACCGAGGGCAGGGAUGGAGGGCAGCCUCACUUGGCAUGGCUGUGGCACCAUGGUGACUCAGCAGAAACACCCCCAGGGUCACUCUGCCCAUUGUGUUUCAGCUGGCCCAUGUCAGUCUGCAGGAAAUCUCCAAAUUACUUGCUAAACUGCUGCGUCCACACUAAUCAGAUGUGUACAAAGGGCCCUUCCUUUCACAGUGCUUCCUGGAAGCAGCCAUGUUCUUGUCAGCCUUUACCUCUUUGAACCAAACUGUCAAACUAGCCUCAAUGCAUGAUGUUGCGUAAUGGUGCUGAAUUUCAUGAUGAUUACUUUUGAAUAAGACUUUAGAGUCAAGUAGGCCUAUAGCUUUCGAUCAUAUGAUGCUAUUUUCUUUUUCUUCACCUUAAGAAUUCUAUUUAUUUAUACAGCAACAAUGAGUUACCAUACCUGCUUACAUGACUUACGUUGACUUUUGUUAACUCUCUUUUCUAAGAUUCAGAAGGCCAAACUGCAUGGCUGCAUUGAUGUGGGUCUGUCAGUCAUGUCCAUUAAGAAGAAGGCCCGCCGCAUUGACUUGGACACAGAGGAGCAUAUAUACCACCUUAAAGUAAGCUUCAUUGUGACGGAGAUAGAAAGGAUGGAUGAUAAAGGCGAAGUCAGGCCCUUGACUGAGGGAUGGGACGAGGACAAUUUCUAUACUGAACAGAAAUGCAACAAUUUCUAAGAUUUUGCUUAGUUACAGUUCAUAUAAGGAAAUCAGUCAAUUGAAAUAAAUUCAUUAGGCCCUAAUCUAUGGAUUUCACAUGACUAGGCAGGGGCCACCUACUUGGGAGCCAAGCCCAGCCACUGGGGAGCCAGGCCCAACCAAUCAGAAUGAGUUUUUUAUUAUCUUGACAAAGGAUAAAAUGCUCACUAACAGGAAUGCACAAAAUUUGAGAAAAGCAAGCUUUUUGUGCGUAUGGAAAAUUUCUGGGAUCUUUUAUUUCAGCUCAUGAAACAUGGGACCAACACUUUACAUGUUUAUAUUUUUGAUCAGUAUACACUAUAUAUGCAAAAGUAUGUGGACACCCCUACAAAUUAGUGGAUUCGGCUAUUUCAGCCACACCCGUUGCUGGCAGGUGUAUAAAAUCUAGCACACAGCCAUGCAAUCUCCAUAGACAGACAUUGGCAGUAGAAUGGCCUUACACAAACCUAAGAUCACCAUGCGCAAUGCCAAGCGUCGGCUGGAGUGGUGUAAAGCUCGCCGCCAUUGGACUCUGGAGCAGUGGAAAUGUGUUCUCUGGAGUGAUGAAUCACGCUUCCCCAUCUGGCAGUCAGACAGACAAAUCUGGGUUUGGCGGAUGCCAGGAGAACGCUACUUGCCCCAAUGCAUAGUUCCAACUGUAAAGUUUGGUGGAGGAUAAAUAAUGGUCUGGGGUUGUUAUUCAUGGUUCGGGCUAGGCCCCUUAGAUCCAGUGAAGGGAAAUGUUAAUGCUACAGCAUACAAUGACAUUCUAGACGAUUCUGUGCUUCCAUCUUUGUGGCAACAGUUUGGGAAGGCCCUUUCCUGUUUCAGCAUGACAAUGCCCCCGUGCACAAAGAAAGGUCCAUACAGAAAUAGUUUGUCAAGAUCGGUGUUGGAAGAACUUGACUGGCCUGCACAGAGCCCUGACCUCAACCCCAUCGAACACCUUUGGGAUGAAUUGGAACGCCGACUGUGAGCCUGAUCGCCCGACAUCAGUGCCAGACCUCACUAAUGCUCUUGUGGCUGAAUGGAAGCAAGUCCCUGCAGCAAUGUUCCAACAUCUAGUGGAAAGCCUUCCCAGAAGAGCGGAGGCUGUUAUAGCAGCAAAGGGGUGACCAACUCCAUAUUAAUGCCCAUGAUUUUGGAGUGAGAUGUACAGUAGCCUACAUAAGCAUUUCACUGUUAGUCUACACCUGUUGUUUAUGAAGCAUGUGACAAAUAACAUUUGAUUGGAUUUACUGUGGCAUCACUCUACAUUUGCGUUACUCAAAGCCUUUGCCCUUUCCUCUCCUUCUCACUUCUCUUCUAUUCCUUUCCCCUCUUCUCUUCUCUCUUCUCAGGUCAAGUCUCCAGACAUCUUUGACUCCUGGGUGGUCAAGCUGCGCCACCACCGUCUCUACCGGCAGAAUGAGAUUGUCCGCUCCCCCCGAGAUGCCACCAUAAGGACAUUCCCUCCCCCUGCCACCACAGAGUCCCCCAUCCCACACCCUCACCCCCACCCUCACCCUCAGCCAGCCCCCUCCCCCGCUGCAGGACAACAUGACGUAAAGGUGGGCCUCUCUUCCCUGGCAGUUACUUCGGCACAGUUGUUCUCUGCUGUGGUAAGCUGAACUCUUAUGUCUGUCUGACUCAGGUUGGGUUUACAUAGUGGUAGUGGCCCUCAAAUACAAUGCUAUUAACGUUUCAAUAUACAGCCACUCAACAUUUUUAUUUGCGACGGGUUCUAACAACCCUGUUCAGUUACUGAGCUAAUUAUAAGACUAAUGGCUCUGAAUCCCCCAGGAAGGGGAGAGUCUCUGGCAGACUCAGGUUAUUAGGACUCCUCAAACAAGCCUGUAUUCAGAGCAGCUGGGUCUGGGUCUGGCCCUGGGCCUGCACGCUACGGCCUCCUACUGAUCAGCACUCUCACAGGACCUAAAUCAAUAAAGAUCUGAGGCUUUGAAGUGGUGAUGAUGCAGAAAAUCUUUACUGUUCUAAAUAGGAAAUCUUUGAUGAUUUGGACAUACUAUACAGUGAGGGAAAAAAGUAUUUGAUCCCCUGCUGAUUUUGUACGUUUGCCCACUGACAAAGAAAUGAUCAGUCUAUAAUUUUAAUGGUAGGUUUAUUUGAACAGUGAGAGACAGAAUAACAACAAAAAAAUCCAGAAAAACGAAUGUCAAAAAAUGUUAUAAAAAAUGUUAUAAAUUGAUUUGCAUUUUAAUGAGGGAAAUAAGUAUUUGCCCCUCUGCAAAACAUUACUUAGUACUUGGUGGCAAAACCCUUGUUGGCAAUCACAGAGGUCAGACGUUUCUUGUAGUUGGCCACCAGGUUUGCACACAUCUCAGGAGGGAUUUUGUUCUACUCCUCUUUGCAGAUCUUCUCCAAGUCAUUAAGGUUUCGAGGCUGACGUUUGGCAACUCGAACCUUCAGCUCCAUCCACAGAUUUUCUAUGGGAUUAAGGUCUGGAGACUGGCUACUCCAGGACCUUAAUGUGCUUCUUCUUGAGCCACUCCUUUGUUGCCUUGGCCGUGUGUUUUGGGUCAUUGUCAUGCUGGAAUACCCAUCCACGACCCAUUUUCAAUGCCCUGGCUGAGGGAAGGAGGUUCUCACCCAUGAUUUGACGGUACAUGGCCCCGUCCAUCGUCCCUUUGAUGUGGUGAAGUUGUCCUUUCCCCUUAGCAGAAAAACACCCCCAAAAUAUAAUGUUUCCACCUCCAUGUUUGACGGUGGGGAUGGUGUUCUUGGGAUCAUAGGCAGCAUUCCUCCUCCUCCAAACACGGCGAGUUGAGUUGAUGCCAAAGAGCUCCAUUUUGGUCUCAUCUGACCACAACACUCACCCAGUUCUCCUCUGAAUCAUUCAGAUGUUCAUUGGCAAACUUCAGACGGGCAUGUAUAUGUGCUUUCUUGAGCAGGGGGACCUUGCGGGCGCUGCAGGAUUUCAGUCCUUCACGGCGUAGUGUGUUACCAAUUGUUUUCUUGGCGACUAUGGUCCCAGCUGCCUUGAGAUCAUUGACAAGAUCCUCCCGUGUAGUUCUGGGCUGAUUACUCACCGUUCUCAUGAUCAUUGCAACUCCACGAGGUGAGAUCUUGCAUGGAGCCCCAGGCCGAGGGAGAUUGACAGUUCUUUUGUGUUCCAUUUGCAAAUAAUCGCACCAACUGUUGUCACCUUCUCACCAAGCUGCUUGGCAAUGGUCUUGUAGCCCAUUCCAGCCUUGUGUAGGUCUACAAUCUUGUCCCUGACAUCCUUGGAGAGCUCUUUGGUCUUGGCCAUGGUGGAGAGUUUGGAAUCUGAUUGAUUGAUUGCUUCUGUGGACAGGUGUCUUUUAUACAGGUAACAAACUGAGAUUAGGAGCACUCCCUUUAAGAGUGUGCUCCUAAUCUCAGCUCAUUACCUGUAUAAAAGACACCUGGGAGCCAGAAAUCUUUCUGAUUGAGAGGGGGUCAAAUACUUAUUUCCCUCAUUAAAAUGCAAAUCAAUUUAUAACAUUUUUGACAUGCGUUUUUCUGGAUUAUGUUGUUGUUAUUCUCUCUCACUGUUCAAAUAAACCUACCAUUAAAAUUAUAGACUGAUCAUUUCUUUGUCAGUGGGCAAACGUACAAAAUCAGCAGGGGAUCAAAUACUUUUUUCCCUCACUGUAUCUCCUGUCCUUUGCAUCACAGUUAUUAUACUAAUUUCUAUUAGAAAGCAUGAAUUAUCUUAGAAUGUCUCUUAGAAAGUAGGAAAUAUACAUGUUUCUCUCACAUCUAGUGUGUGUUAUACAGGAGGUAUACAUACUGUGUGUCUGAGGUGUGUUUACUAACCAACCCCCUGUGUUUCUAACCCUGUCCUCCAGCAGCCCAAACCCACCACCCUUCCAUCAUGGCAGUCCCCCCCAGUCCCCAGUAGCAGUAGCAACCUGCCUGCCUCCUACAGUAACGGACAGAGCAAGGUGGCCGCAUGGCUCCAGGAGUCGGAGGAGAUGGACAAGUGUACAGAGGGUAAGUACCCUCUUCCUCUCUUCCUUCCUCCCACCAUUACUGCUGUGAAACAUCCUUCUAUUCUAUCGGGAUGAUGAGAAGGAUCCGCAAUAUAUUUCCCUUUCCCUGCCAACAUUGAAAGAUUUACUGUAUUAUUCAUAUGAUGGGCUAUUCUCCUCAUGCCCAGGUCUGGUGGAUUUACAAUAGCUCCUGAUAGUAGCAACUAGGGUUGCAAAGGGAGGGUAUAUUACUGGAAACGUUCUAAGUUUACCAGUAAACUACCAGAAUUUUUGAAUCUUUCAAGGAUUUUACAGUGGGGGAAAAAAGUAUUUAGUCAGCCACCAAUUGUGCAAGUUCUCCCACUUAAAAAGAUGAGAGAGGCCUGUAAUUGUUAUCAUAGGUACACGUCAACUAUGACAGACAAAUUGAGAAAAUAAAUUUCAGAAAAUCACAUUGUAGGAUUUUUAAUGAAUUUAUUUGCAAAUUAUGGUGGAAAAUAAGUAUUUGGUCACCUACAAACAAGCAAGAUUUCUGGCUCUCACAGACCUGUAACUUCCUCUUUAAGAGGCUCCUCUGUCCUCCACUCGUUACCUGUAUUAAUGGCACCUGUUUGAACUUGUUAUCAGUAUAAAAGACACCUGUCCACAACCUCAAACAGUCACACUCCAAACUCCACUAUGGCCAAGACCAAAGAGCUGUCAAAGGACACCAGAAACAAAAUUGUAGACCUGCACCAGGCUGGGAAGACUGAAUCUGCAAUAGGUAAGCAGCUUGGUUUGAAGAAAUCAACUGUGGGAGCAAUUAUUAGGAAAUGGAAGACCUACAAGACCACUGAUAAUCUCCCUCGAUCUGGGGCUCCACGCAAGAUCUCACCCUGUGGGGUCAAAAUGAUCACAAGAACGGUGAGCAAAAAUCCCAGAACCACACGGGGGGACCUAGUGAAUGACCUGCAGAGAGCUGGGACCAAAGUAACAAAGCCUACCAUCAGUAACACACUACGCCGCCAGGGACUCAAAUCCUGCAGUGCCAGACGUGUCCCCCUGCUUAAGCCAGUACAUGUCCAGGCCCGUCUGAAGUUUGCUAGAGUGCAUUUGGAUGAUCCAGAAGAGGAUUGGGAGAAUGUCAUAUGGUCAGAUGAAACCAAAAUAGAACUUUUUGGUAAAAACUCAACUUGUCGUGUUUGGAGGACAAAGAAUGCUGAGUUGCAUCCAAAGAACACCAUACCUACUGUGAAGCAUGGGGGUGGAAACAUCAUGCUUUGGGGCUGUUUUUCUGCAAAAGGACCAGGACGACUGAUCCGUGUAAAGGAAAGAAUGAAUGGGGCCAUGUAUCGUGAGAUUUUGAGUGAAAACCUCCUUCCAUCAGCAAGGGCAUUGAAGAUGAAACGUGGCUGGGUCUUUCAGCAUGACAAUGAUCCCAAACACACCGCCCGGGCAACGAAGGAGUGGCUUCGUAAGAAGCAUUUCAAGGUCCUGGAGUGGCCUAGCCAGUCUCCAGAUCUCAACCCCAUAGAAAAUCUUUGGAGGGAGUUGAAAGUCUGUGUUGCCCAGCGACAGCCCCAAAACAUCACUGCUCUAGAGGAGAUCUGCAUGGAGGAAUGGGCCAAAAUACCAGCAACAGUGUGUGAAAACCUUGUGAAGACUUACAGAAAAAGUUUGACCUGUGUCAUUGCCAACAAAGGGUAUAUAACAAAGUAUUGAGAAACUUUUGUUAUUGACCAAAUACUUAUUUUCCACCAUAAUUUGCAAAUAAAUUCAUUAAAAAUUCUACAAUGUGAUUUUCUGGUUUUUCUUUGGUCAUUUUGUCCGUCAUAGUUGACGUGUACCUAUGAUGAAAAUUACAGGCCUCUCUCAUCUUUUUAAGUGGGAGAACUUGCACAAUUGGUGGCUGACUAAAUACUUUUUUUCCCCACUGUAUGUAAUCUAUCACAAGACAUCUAGUGGCCCUUUUGGGUACUUUAGAUUAUCACAGGUGUCUGUAAUUAUCUCUGGCCCUCUCUCUGGCUUUAUCACAUGUAAAAUAUAUGAAAUACUAUAAAUAAAUAGAAUGUCAAAGCUGUAAAACAUUAUCAUAAAUAUAAACCAUCAACUUAGUGAAUACCAUUUUUGUUUAAUAUAAGGGUUUCAGCAUAAAAUAUCCCUUUUUAUUUUUACACUUUUAUUUAUUUGACUAUGUCAAUAUGUUUGUUGUCAAUGUUUUGACGUCAAACUGGUGGCAGUUGUGUAAAAAGUCAAUAAUUGGACGAGUUGCAGAAGUAAUUGAAAAUAAUGCCAUUGUUGAUUAGAUGCUUUUUUCAUGAAUUGGGCUAUUUUCUCUUUAACCAUAUGGUCUAUCGACUAGAAACUCGUGGACAAUACUAAUACUGUAUAUUAAUAAAUAACUAAAAAGUUAUUCAAGUAUAAAUGACCAAAGUUACGAUAGAUUGCCAUAGAUUUUCUGUUAAUUACCAAACCAAAAUGACUGAAGAUUCCGCUAACUUUGGUAAAUUACCAGUAGCUUUGCAACCCUAGUAGCAUCUGCCUGUCAUAUUAUUCCACUUUGUUACUUAAACUAAUAAGGUUAUUUGUUUUUCCAUAAUUGUUCUCUCAUUUGUUAAACACCGCAGUGAUGGAAAAACGAUGAGUCACAUUCACUUCAUUGUGUCAGACGUGGCCUUCCAGUGUGUGACACAUUACCUUGUGUUGCUUCUUCCCAGAGCUCGCCCGCUGCCAGUCCAGCCUGAUCGAGCUGAGCAAGUUACUGCAGAGCCUGGAGAUCUUACAGAGGACCCAGUCAGCGCCUAAUUUCACUGACAUGCAGGUAACACACACACACACACACACACACACACACACACACACACACACACACACACAGCAAGAGUAGGGAGAGUUUAAUCUCAGUACAGCAGUGUCUGAGUGUGGUUAGUGUCACUCUGUCUCUCUCCAAAGGGAGGAGGGGGGGGGGGGGGGGGGUGUUACUCUAAUGGAUGGAGGUGUGUAUCUCUGGGCCUCAUGGUCAGGCCCAAUCCGUUUCCAACACAGCCUUCAUCUCUGCCACUGUACAUCAACACAGUCUAAUAGACUCAUCAUUCAUUGUUGCGUUUGUUGCUUUCCAAUCAAUGUAUAACAAAUUGCAUUUGAUUAAGAGCAUACAUCAACAUUUGAAUGUUUGCCAUUUGCUUUGAAUCGUUUCAUUUCAUUAAGAUAGUCAUAUUUCUUUAACUCAAUUGUGUGGAGACAAUCCCAUCCUCCAUUUCAUAGCUAAAAUGUGUGUGUGGGUUAACUGUCACUGCUGCUGUGUUAUCUGGCAUCAUUGCUGCUUUCAUAGUGAUGAUGCAACUUUUGCUUGUCUUAUUAACCACCUCUCACAUAUUCUGAUCCGUGUUUGUUAUGCAGAGCAAUUGUGUAGACAUGUCAAAGAAAGACAAGCGCAUGAACAGAAGAUGGAGAACAAAAAGUGUCGGCAAAGAUGCAAAAUUGCAGCUUCAGGUACCUCUUAUUUCUUAGAUAUCCAGUCUCUCUCUUUUUCUGUCUCACGCACACAUAGUUCUCUGGAAUUGUUUCUGGUUUAGUAGCCUCCAUACAAAAUGCCCCAGACAUAUUCAAGGCAGUUCUUCUGUGUCCGAACGCCCUCAUUGUGCAGCUGUCUGCAGGAGGAAGCACAGGCACAUCAUUAUGUUGAAGUUUUUUCUAUGGUUGCGUCCCAAAUGGCACCCUAUACCCUAUUUAGUGCACUACUACCCAUAGGGCCCAAAAGUAGUGCACUAUAUAGGGAAUAGGGUGCCAUUUGGAAUGUAUCCAUGUAGCCCCACUGCAUUAUCGCCUACCGACAUGGGUCAUGCAAUUAUAGGUCAGGACACAGAGAACAUGUUAGGCUAUCUGCUCAGGAUUCAAUGUCCUUUUGUACUUAUCAUAAUACAAAGCCUGAACCACAUACCCUGUUUUGGGCUGUACAAUUACUUUUUUCUUAUUGACUAAAUUCCCCCAUUUACUUUUAACACUCUCUACUGCUUCAGGAAAAGGCUAGUCAUGCUUUGGAUUCAUAUUACGCUCCGUUUUUAAACUGUUCCAAUGGCCCAUUACAACAACGGACAGUUUAAAAGCCUUUUCCUUCAUGAUACUGAGUUCUUAUCACUACGGGUGUGCUGGUAGAUUAUGUAGCCCAGAACCAACCGUUUCCUCACUAGUGGUCCUCUGGGAUACGUAGUGUAAAUGAAUGAGUGAGUCAUCAGUCCAGGAGAAACAAGGGCAAGGGUUUUUUCCUUGUUUUAUGGUUUAUUUAUAGCUGAGGGUCAUGAAAAGAACAUUGGUUGGAACAACAAUGCUGGCUCCAAUGACUUGGCAGACUUGGUAUGAUUUAUAUAGCGAUGUAAACAAACACACAAGUGUGAGUAUCUAUCUAUUAUUUACUAUCAGUCUGUAUGCUCAAAUAUUUAGCUGAAGAGACAACAGAAGGGUGUUAUAUAAGGAGCCAGAACUUGAGCUUAAUCUGGACCCAUUCAGUCCUUUCUAUGUGUAGACACAUAACUUGGCCUACAUUCCCACCACCUACAGUGCCUUCAGAAAGUAUUCAUAUCCGUUGACUUAUUCCACAUUUUGUUGUGUUACAGCCUGAAUUCAAAAUGGAUUAAAUCAAUUUCUUUCUCACCCAUCUGGCCUUGUGUUUUAGGUUAUUGUCCUGCUGAAAGGUGAAUUCGUCUCACAGUGUAUGUUGGAAAGCAGACUCAACCAGGUUUUCCUCUGUGAUUUUGCCUGUGCUUGUAGCUGUAUUCCGUUUCUUUUUAUCCUAAAAAACUCACCACUACCAUGCUUGAAAAUAUGAAGAGUGGUACUCAGUGAUGUGAUGUGUUGUUGGAUUUGCCCCAAACAUUCAGGACAAAAAAUUUCUUUGCCACAUUUUUUGCAGUAUUACUUUAGUGCCUUGUUGCAAACAGGAUGCAUGUUUUGGAAUAUUUUUUAUUCUCUACAGGCUUCCUUCUUUUCACUCUGUUAUUUAGGUUAAUAUUGUGGAGUAACUACAAUGUUGUUGAUCCAUCCUCAGUUUUCUCAUAUCACAGCCAUUAAACUCUGUCACUGUUUUAAAUAUCACCAUUGGCCUCUUGGUGAAAUCCCUGAGCUGUUUCCUUCCUCUCUGGCCACUGAGUUAGGAAGGACGCCUGUAUCUUUGUAGUGACAGGGUGUAUUGAUACACCAUCCAAUGCCUAAUUAAUAACUUCACCAUGCUCAAGGGAUAUUCAGCAUCUGCUUUUUUUUCUGCCAAUUGGUGCCUGUCUUUGUGAGGCAUUGAAAAACUUCCCUGGUCUUUGUGGUUGAAUCUGUGCUUGAAAUUCACUACUCUAUUGAGGGACCUUACAGAUAAUUAUAUGUGUGGGGUACAGAGAUGGGGUAGCUAUUCAAAAAUCAUGUUAACCAUUAUUUGUGAACACUGAAUGAGUCAAUGUAACUUAUUAUGUGACUUGUGAAGCACAUUUUUACUCCUGAACUUAUUUAGGGUAGAAUAACAAAGGGGUUGAAUACUUAUUGACUCAAGACAUUUCCACUUUGGCAUUAUGGGGUAUUGUGCGUAGAUCAGGGACACAAAAUCUCAAUUUAUCACAUUUUAAUUCAGGCUGUAACACAACAAAAUGUGGAAAAAGUAAAGGGGUCUGAAGGCACUGUAAGUUUUCCAGGUGGUACUUACAGUGCCCCACUCCCCUCCUCGCUCUCAGGUCCCGUCUCUCCCUGUGAGUGCCAGUAUGUCUCCAGUCCGCCUCCACUCCUCAAACCCCAACCUGAGUGCUGAGCUGGUGGACAUCCAGACCCCUGCCUCUCGCCUGGCUCCUGACAACAUAGAGUGUGGUGGCGACUACAUCAAACUACAGGAGGACUUCUGCCUCAUUGCGCAGAAAGGUACACACACAUGCAUAUAUAGUUGAAGUCUGAAGUUUACAUACACUUAGGUUGGAGUCAUUAAAACUUGUUUUUCAACCACUCCACAAAUUUCUUGUUAACAAACUAUAGUUUUGGCAAGUCGGUUAGGACAUCUACUUUGUGCAUGACACAAGUUAUUUUUCCAACAAUUGUUUACAGACAGAUUAUUUCACUUAUAAUUCACUGUAUCACAAUUCCAGUGGGUCAGAAGUUUACAUACACUAAGUUGACUGUGCCUUUAAACAGCUUGGAAAAUUCCAGAAAAUGAUGUCAUGGCUUUAGAAGCUACUGAUAGGCUAAUUGACAUAAUUUGAGUCAAUUGGAGGUGUACCUGUGGAUGUAUAUGAAGGCCUACCUUCAAACUCAGUGCCUCUUUGCUUGACAUCAUGGGAAAAUCUAAAGAAAUCAGCCAAGACCUCAGGAAAAAAAUUGUAGACCUCCACAAGUCUGGUUCAUCCUUGGGAGCAAUUUCCAAACGCCUGAAGGUAUCACGUUCAUCUGUACAAACAAUAGUACGCAAGUAUAAACACCAUGGGACCACGCAGCCGUCAUACCGCUCAGGAAGGAGACGCGUUCUGUCUCCUAGAGAUUAACGUACUUUGGUGCGAAAAGUGCAACUCAAUCCCAGAACAACAGCAAAGGACCCUGUGAAGAUGCUGGAGGAAACAGGUACAAAAGUAUCUAUAUCCAUAGUAAAACGAGUCCUAUAUCGACAUGCCGCUCAGCAAGGAAGAAGCCACUGCUCCAUAACCACCAUAAAAAAGCCAGACUACGGUUUGCAACUGCACAUGGGGACAAAGAACGUACUUUUUGGAGAAAUGUCCUCUGGUCUGAUUAAACAAAAAUAGAACUAUUUGGCCAUAAUGACCAUCGUUAUAUUUGGAGGAAAAAGGGGGGUGCUUGCAAGCCGAAGAACACCAUCCCAACCGUGAAUCCCAGCACGGGGGUGGUAGCAUCAUGCUGUGGGGGUGCUUUGCUGCAGGAGGGACUGGUGCACUUCACAAAAUAGAUGGCAUCAUGAGGAAGGAAAAUUAUGUGGAUAUAUUGAAGCAACAUCUCAAGACAUCAGUCAGGAAGUUAACGCUUGGUCACAAAUGGGUCUUCCAAAUGGACAAUGACCCCAAGCAUACUUCCAGAGUUGUGGAAAAAUGGCUUAAGGACAACAAAGUCAAGGUAUUGGACUGGCCAUCACAAAGCCCUGACCUCAAUCCUAUAGAAAAUUUGUGGGCAGAACUGAAAAAGCGUGUGCGAGCAAGGAGGCCUACAAACCUGACUCAGUUACACCAGCUCUGUCAGGAGGAAUGGGCUAAAAUUCACCCAACUUAUUGUGGAAGGCUACCCGAAACGUUUGACCCAAGUUAAACAAUUUAAAGGCAAUGCUACCAAAUACUAAUUGAGUGUAUAUAAACUUCUGACCUACUGGGAAUGUGAUGAAAUAAAUAAAAGCUGAAAUAAAUCAUUCUCUACUAUUAUUCUGACAUUUCACAUUCUUAAAAUAAAGUGGUGAUCCUAACUGACCUAAAACAGGGAAUGUUUACUAGGAUUAAAUGUCAGGAAUUGUGAAAAACUGAGUUUAAAUGUAUUUGGCUAAGGUGUAUGUAAACUUCCAAUUUCAACUGUACACAGACAGGCUGCUGCACUGAUAAUAGAAAGGUCAUGUUAGACCAGCCUUUUUUUUUUUUUUACACCUUUAUUUAACUAGGCAAGUCAGUUAAGAACCAAUUCUUAUUUACAAUGACGGCCAAACCCGGACGACGCUGGGCCAAUUGUGCGCCGCCCUUAAAGUAUGGGUCGUGACCCAAAGUGGGUCGGGGACCUGUUAAUGGUGGGUUGCGACGUGUCAGAGUAAAUGUAUAAUUAUUUCAUGAAUUACUCUAAUUGAUUUGGCCAAGUGCAACUGCGCUCUCUGUUUAGCAGCGGUGUCUGCUCAGUUUGGCAGCUGCGCGAGUGGGAGGGAGAUGUGCGUCGUGCUUUACCGGAUAUUUUUUCGUGAAAAUCACUCCGCUACCCCUCACGCUGCAGCGUUGUCGUCCAGCAGCAGACGAUGUGCUGUCAGCCACUGGCUUGUCAUUCGAAUUGACUUAAGCUAGCAACAAGUUCUGACUGAGCUCAAUAAUCAUAAAACGCAAAUACAGCGAUGAGUUUCUCUCUCUUGGUUUCAUACAAACUUUGAGAAAUAACUAGGAGCGCCCACAAUGUGUUUUGUGAGGGGGAGUGCUUAGUAAUAAGGCUCUCAAAACUAACAAAUUAAAACGACACGUCCUGACCAAACAUCCACAGCAUGACGGUAACCUCAGGGACUUCUUUCAAAACAGGGCAGAAUGCUUCAGGACAGUGGAAGUGUACGUCACCUAGCAAGGCAUUGUUGUCAUUUUAUUACAGGUGUUGAUAAGCAGAAAUAAGGGAGUACUAUCUCUCAUAGUAGUCGAUGUGAGUUUCUCUUUCAAACAAUCACCUUGUAUACAGCUAAUAGCUAGCUAACGUUAGCCAAAGCAAGCUAGCUAGCUACUGAUAGUGCAACCCUAAGUAACUAACAGUACAGAUGAAAAAUUAUCAGCCUAUUGUACAUUUUACUGUAGACAUUAUUGUUGGAAGCAAGUAUAGGUUGGAACUGUUGCUGUUAAAUUACAAGUAAUCAUUUUUAUUCUGAACUGGAAUAAACUGAUUGAAGCAAGAUGCUUUUUGGGGCAAACACAGUUCCGGUUGCUCAUCUACAGCAGGAAGUGGUCUCCUGCCUGACUGAGAACGCAGUAGAUGUUCCGAUCCAGUUUGGCACCACAUACCUAUGCGAGUCAGGUUUUUUUUAAACUGUGGCGUACUUAAACAACAAGUACAGAAACAGGCUCAAUGCUGCGUAUGACCUCAGGGUUGCACUGUCAAAAACAAAGCCCAGAAUAGACCUGCUUGUUGAAAACUUCAACCAGCCUCACACCUCUCAUUAGGAUUGUGUGUGUGUGUGUGUUUGUUUGUUUGUUUUCUGGUCUACAUCUGUGUGAUGUGAUCAGUUUAUUCCAGUUCAUAAUAACAAUUAUGUAUUGUAUUUUAACAGUCACAGUUCCAACCUAUACUUUUUUUCAACAAUCAUUUCUACAGUAAGGUGUACAGUAGGCCUGACCAUUUUUCAUCUGUACUGUUACUUAAGGUUGCACUAUCAAAAACUGAGCCUGUGUGUGUGUGUCUUCUGUUAGACAUUUGUGUGAUGUGAUCAAUCAGUUUAUUCCUGUUCAGAAUGAAAAUGAUUUUUUUGUAUUUUAACAGCAACAGUUCCAACCUAGAUAGAUAUGUAAGAGUCUUUUUUUAUGGGGAACAAUAAACAUGAAUAGCUAUUCAUAUGGGUAUUUAAUUUCAUUGUUAUUAGUUUUUGUCUAUAUUGCAUGGGCAGUAUAAGGGCAAAAUUAUGUACCCAUAUUUAUGUGUAGUUGCAUGUUUUCAUAAGCUUGUGUCCCAGGAAAACACAGAAUUUCUAAUUUGGGUCCCAGGCUGAAAAAGUUUAAGAACCAUUGUGUUAGACUAUUGGAAUAAAUUUGACACCAACCAACAGAUUUAUUUACACUUCACAUGGCUUUACACUAUCCAUACCACUAAAAUAUAUAUAGAACAUUUUACUGAAGAGUUGUAACUAGAGGGUGUGUUUAAAACUGAUUUCUGGUUCCUUUCUUUGCAGUCCACUCUCUGCUAAAGUCUGCGUUCAACACGGUGGCCAUAGAGAAGGAGAAGAUCAAAACGGUUCUGUCAGACCAGGAUCAGUCAUCAGGGCAGUCUGUCCAGCUCAUCACCCUCAGGAAGUCUCUGUCACAGGUGAGACAUGCAGGUGUUCUUUAAGAAUUCUACAACAGUACCCAGAAUUCCCCUGCACUGGGAACUGUCAUUAUAAAUGGUUAAUGUUGUUGUUUUUGUCAGAACUCACUGUAUCACUUCAAAUAUUCAGUGCAGCACAUAAAACAUGGAAUGUAAUGGAUGGAGAGAUGAGGUGGUAUGGCUUUCAUCGUUUGUUUUACUAGACACACAGCUUAAGUUUGUUUUCUGUUUCUUUGAAAAUGGAUCCAUAUAUUGUCACACAGUGAGACUAAGCUAAUGACUCAUCAGGGAAAACUGAGCAGCAAUUGCUGAUUCAUUGCAGUCACUUUCAUCUCUUUCUGAGAAGUGAAACGUGAAGAUGAGAAAGAGGACAACUUAGUUAACAAACUGCUGUUAUCUAUUUUCAAUAUAAUUGGAAAGUAAUAUUAACUGCGUCUCAUUUCGGUGGGAAGUCCAUUAAGUUGACUCCUUAGGGUUGCCAAUGAUUUCAUUGGAGUGCACUCUGUGUUGACGGUUGACAUGAUGUCAAAUUAUUUUAGAGAAAUGUGUCAACCGGUUUAUCUACUGUUUUGGUUCUUAAUUGGGAGUUAUCGUAAUAGUGCAGGUCAAGGGUAUCAGCCCAUGGCAUGUAGUGUGUAGCAUAUGGCUACAGAGAGGGUUGUCGUGAUGUCAACUCAACAUGCCCUUUACUGCAGCUAAGGGUGGUCUGGGUAGCUGAUUUACAUUUAUAUUUUAGUCAUUUAGCAGACGCUCUUAUCCAGAGCGACUUACAGUUAGUGAGUGCAUACAUUUUCAUACUGGCCCCCCGUGGGAAACGAACCCACAACCCUGGCGUUACUCCCGAGUGGCGCAGUGGUCUAAGGCAGUGCUAGCUGUGCCACUAGAUAUCCUGGUUCGAAUCCAGGCUCUGUCGUAGCCGGCCGCGACCGGGAGACCCAUGGGGCGGCGCACAAUUGGCCCAGCGUCGUCCAGGGUAGGGGAGGGAAUGGCCGGCAGGGAUGCAGGGAUGUAGCUCAGUUGGUGGAGCAUGGCGUUUGCAACGCCAGGGUUGUGGGUUUGAUUCCCACGGGGGGCCAGUAUGAAAAAAUUAAAAAAUACAAAUACAAAAAAAUACAAAACAUAAUGUAUGCACUCACCAACUGUAAGUCGCUCUGGAUAAGAGUGUCUGCUAAAUGACUAAAAUGUAAAUGUAAAAAUGUAAAUGUACAAAAUUUUUGCAAGCGCCACGCUCUACCAACUGAGCUACAGGGGACUUGAUGCAAUAUACUCUCCUUAGGGACCUGUUAGGUAGGUUUGAUUUGAGUACUAUUACAGUACAGCUCAUUACUGCAGCAGUAAAAUCUGUCUAACUAUAGGCGACAUUAUAACUGUAUCUCAUUGUCACAAAAUAUGUCCAUAGUGUGUCAGUACAUACAUUAUAAUGUGUAAAUGAAUGUAGAGCUGCACGACAUAGAUCCAGUUUGAACUCUUUAUCUGUUUAGUUCUCCAUUCCACUCUGCAUUCUCUCAUCUAGCUGACAGAUUAGUGAUUGAUCAUUAUUUAUUUCAGGCCCUGUCCCAAAACGCUGAGCUUAAAACCCGACUGGGCCGCAUCCAUUCUGAGUCGGUCCUGUCUGAACAAACAGUCAGUGUGAACAUCAUCCCCAGUCCUGACGAGGUAGCUACAUCUUCAACUGGAUCAACUUGUCUAAUGUUUUUAUGUUCCCCAAAACCAAUGUCCCUGCCUUGCAGAAAACUUGCCAUUGCAGUGCUGAAUGUGCUUAUAGCAGCCAACCGGUGGCUGCCAGGUGAGGUCAGGGAGACUAGUGAUCUUGUGUGCUGUUUUCCCCUCUGUGGUGAUACACAUGCAUUAUAGAGCUGGCCAGGUAGCCUUAGUUAACUGGAAAACAUUGUGUAAUCUCUGCUUACUGCAUUUGCCAAUUACAGUAUUGAUUCCUGUCCUUAAAGAAGGAUGGUGCUUCCAGUAUAUCUUGGCAGGUGAGCUUACUGAUCAUUAAGUUAUGCUGACCCUGACGUCAAGGUAAAUGGGAAAACGACUAAUCAGAAAACAAUGUGACCUCAGUCCUUUCAGGAAUAUAGGAAGACUAAAGACCCCAUUACUAACUGCAGUUCUAUGUCAUUUCACCCACUAAAGUCACUAUUAAAAUAAGUUAAUUGUGUUUCCUUACAGGCUGGUGAGCAGAUGGGAAUCCCUCUGACUCAACAGACGUCCAAUGAGAGCAGGCUGUCCAUGUCAGAGUCUGUGUCGGAGUUCUUUGACGCCCAGGAAGUGCUUCUGUCUGCCAGCUCGUCGGAGAACGAGGUAAGAGUGGGGCUGGGGCGUUGAGAGAGGGGUGGCAGUAGGACCAUGGGGAGCAGAUUGAAGAGGAAGGGGGAGGAUGAAACAUGUCAAAGAGCUGGGAGCUCAGAUAAAGCAUGGCCGAUGGCCGAGUGGAGCUGGAGUUAGUCAGCGAUUAAUGAGAAGAGUGUGAGGGACAGAGAUAACACAACGGAAAGUCAAACAAAGCCACACUGGAGGGGGAUCUCCAGUCUCCAUUCUAUUAUCCUGCUGCUUAAAUCCUUCAACUGGAUCCAGUCAUGUCCUAAAGCACAGCAGCAUUUCUCAUGCCACUGUCCCCUGUGAUUUCCCACCAACUCCAGGUUUUCAAUGAUAAGCCCUUCUUUAUAGAUUUGACAUGGUUCAUCCUCCAGACUGAUGGUUUGUGUCCGUUCCUAAGCCACAGAGAUGGCCUUUCUCACUCACUGCCAUGACAGGCCCAUUGCCAUGAAUACCAAGCACCAGUCAAUAUGGCCCCAUAAAAGCCAGCAGGCCUGGCUAGCUGCUCCCCAGGUAUGCAAACCAGGUGCUGCUAGCUAGAGUCCCACUGAAGGAUUACUCACCAAGGAUAUCCCAUCACUAGUCUAGGGCCAAAUCCUCUGCCUCAGGUGCCAGGCCCCAUUCAAACCAGCAGAGUGCUGUUGGCCAAAAAAGCUCUUCCAGCAGCCAACUGUACUGCAAUAGAGGCCAUUACUGCCAUCAGCCACAAUCUGCUGUUCACUGGCACAGUCAAUGAGUUCAUUGUAUGUUACUAUAUAUAAAGUGCAUGGAAAUGCUGCAGUGUCUCAUAUUGUGAUUACUGCAGAGCGAGAGAGAGAAAGCCAGCGCUGACUGCAGUUUGCUAGCCACUGGCAAACUGUAGCGUGUAUCCGUGUCUCUGUGUGUGUGUGUGUGUGUGUGUGUGUGUGUGUGUGUGUGUGUGUUAUUGACUAGGCUCUCUGUGUGUGUGUACUGUACUGACUCAGUGGCUCUUUUGUCCCCCGCUCCCUCUAGGCCUCAGACGAUGAGUCAUACGUCAGCGACGUGAGCGAUAACAUUUCAGAGGACAAUGCCAGUGUGACCGAUAACGUCUCCAGACAAAGUAGGUUCCCCUCUCCGCGGCAGCCUCUCCUUCCAUUAGAGCAGGGGGGCUAAUGUAAUAGAGGUGGUGGUGAACCCCCUGCCCCCACCACCUCCUCCCCCCUCUCCCACUGCAAUGGCCAGGUCAUUUAUCAGUGAGGCAGGGAUUGACCUUGCAGGGCUCACAGUGUGCCAAGAGCGGCACUCAGGGUUUAUGAAAGCUAUCAGUGUAAAGUGAAGGAGGUCCUCCCUCUCCUCUGCACAGGCAGACUCUAUCUUCUAUUCUAUUCAUUCAUCCUUUGACUAGGUUUCAGUCAUGAACUACCUGUGGCUAUUAUAUGCAAGGACUAGGAUUUGACGAAACCUGGUUCUGACAGUUGAGUCCUUGAGGGUGCUCCAUGACAGUACUGUACUUUCCUAUCUUUUCAGUGCCGAACGGAGACCUGGCUGGAAGUGCCUUCCGUAACGGGCGGCGCCCGUGCCUCCCCGCCCCCUCGCCGGACUGCAGCAACAUCAACCUGUGGAACAUCCUGAGGAACAACAUAGGGAAGGACCUGUCCAAGGUGUCCAUGCCCGUGGAGCUCAACGAGCCCCUCAAUACCCUGCAGCACAUGUGUGAGGAGCUGGAGUACACUGAGCUAUUGGACAGGGCUGCCGAUACGGAGGACCCCUACGAACGUAUGGUACGGCCCAAACACUCACCCCUCUGAGUACCAACGCAUGGUACGGCCCAAAGGCUCGCCUCUCUGAGUACGAAUGCGUUUUAUGGCCCAAACACUCACCUCUCUGAGUCCUAUAACUUUAUGGAUACAUGUAGAAAAGCCACAAGUAUAACUCUGCAUUCUCUACCACCACAAGGUAUGACCUAAUCGUACAUUACUCUAACUCUUAGUGAUGAUGUGACCCACUCAACCAGCUAACAGACUCCAGAAGACAUACCAGAGAGGCUCAUUAGAUGACGUAAAACCUCUUUAGAUUAAGAUGGUCAUCAGCACAAGCAACCAUAUACAUUCCCAGUCUCUACCAUCACUAACCCAUACUAUGUGAGUACAGUCCAUGGCAUGUGCGCUGGCGUGGCAUUGACAGUGCCAUGCCCAAAGUAAACAGUCUGAACAACAGCCCUGGCCUCUUCCAGAGACAAAGCCCAGAGACAGCACGCUCUGAUGCAGCUGUCGACCUUGUUCAAUCUCACAUCUGUCAUUCUCCUGUCUUUGUUACCAUAACAGGACGGUGUGUGAAUACUAAUGUUGCAAAAACGACUAUAAUUAUAUUUUAGUGGGAGGUUGUAAACCAGUAUGUACCAGGGGUUUAACUAGUGUUUAGAUGAUUUUAUCAUGCAGUAUUGUAUGCCCAAAUGAUUAAUUUGUAACUUUUAUCAAACAAAGAAUACUUCUGUUUCAGUGUAACGCCACUGGCAGUAUUGAUGGAAAGCGUUGUGUAUGUUUUAAGUUGUUAGCGUUGAUUGUGUUGCCGUUUCUCUGCUACAGGCCAUUAUGGCAGCGUUCGUCAUCUCAGGAUACUCCUCCACGUACUACAGAGCGGGAAGCAAGCCAUUCAACCCUUUACUUGGAGAGACAUAUGAAUGUAUCCGCGAGGACAAGGGCAUGUGUUUUAUCGCUGAGCAGGUAGGUUCUCACGGGGGGGGCCAGUAUGAAACAUUUAUGCACUCACUAACUGUUAAGUCACUUUGGAUAAAAGCGUCUGCUAAAUGACUAAAAUGUAAAAGUAAAUGUUCUCACAACACGUUCAUUACAGUGUUGCGCGGGCCAUAUAUAGGAGUGCUGAUCUGGGAUCAGUUUAGCCUUUUACAUUAUAAUGAACGGACAGGGGGGGACCUGAUCCUAGAUCACACACUGCUUUAUGAAUACAGGCCUUGGACUAUCAACCAAUACCUUACCCUCAUAAGUGGUCAAUAAAUGAAUAAACACUGUAAAUAUCCCUCAAAAACAGGUCAAAUGUAGUGUCUCUAGACCAGGGGUGUCAAAAUUAUUUUUGCCCCACGGGCCGCAUUCGCUCUUCACCUAGAUCCGGAGGGACGCACUUAAAAUGUGUUAUAUUUCCUCGCUGUCCCCAAAAAAUAAUAGUCCCAUAUCCAUCACUUUUUGAAUUUUCGGUUCUCCCUGACUGUCUAGCAUUCGUUUCGAUGACUGUUAGCAAGCUGGACAGAGUGAGGAGACUAUAAAUGUAGGACAUUAUACAUUUUACACAGUUUCUAUUAGUUUUUUGUCAUUUCAAUAUCAAUUGAGAAAAAUAAUAUGAUGAAAAAAUAUAUAUACAGUGCAUUCGGAAAGUAUUCAGACCCCUUGACUUUUUCCACAUUUUGUUACGUUACAUCCUUAUUCAAAAAUGUAUUAAAUAGUUUUUUUCCCCUCACCAAUCUACACACAAUACCCCAUAAUGACAAAGCAAAAACAGGGUGUUAGAAAUUUUUGGAAAUGUAUUUAAACACAAAAAACGGAGAUAUCACAUUUACAUAAGUAUUAUGUACAAGGUGUCGAAAGCGUUCCACAGGGAUGCUGGCCCAUGUUGACUCCAAUUAUUCCCACAGUUGUGUCAAGUUGGCUGUAUGUCCUUUGGGUGGUGGACCAUUCUUGAUACACACGGGAAACUGUUGAGCGUGAAACCCAGCAGCGUUGCAGUUCUUGACACAAACCGGUGCGCCUGGCACCUACCAUACCCCGUUGAAAGGCGCUUAAAUAUUUUGUCUUGCCCAUUCACCUUCUGAAUGGCACACAUACACAAUCCAUGUCUCAAGGCUUAAUAAUCCUUCUUUAACCUGUCUCCUCCCCUUCAUCUACACUGAUUUGAAGUGGAUUUAACAAAUGACAUCAACAGGGGAUCAUAGCUUUUAGCUGGAUUCACCUGGUCAGUCUGUCAUGGAAAGAGCAGGUGUCCUUAAUGUUUUGUACACUAAGUGUAUACAGUGAGGGAAAAAAGUAUUUGAUCCCCUGCUGAUUUUGUACGUUUGCCCACUGACAAAGACAUGAUCAGUCUAUAAUUUUAAUGGUAGGUUUAUUUGAACAGUGAGAGACAGAAUAACAACGACAAAAUCCAGAAAAACGCAUGUCAAAAAUGUUAUAAAUUGAGUUGCAUUUUAAUGAGGGAAAUAAGUAUUUGACCCCCUCUCAAUCAGAAAGAUUUCUGGCUCCCAGUUGUCUUUUAUACAGGUAAUGAGAUGAGAUUAGGAGCAUACUCUUAAAGGAAGUGCUCCUAAUCUCAGCUUGUUACCUGUAUAAAAGACACCUGUCCACAGAAGCAAUCAAUCAAUCAGAUUCCAAACUCUCCACCAUGGCCAAGACCAAAGAGCUCUCCAAGGAUGUCAGGGACAAGAUUGUAGACCUACACAAGGCUGGAAUGGGCUACAAGACCAUCGCCAAGCAGCUUGGUGAGAAGGGGACAACAGUUGGUGCGAUUAUUCGCAAAUGGAAGAAACACAAAAGAACUGUCAAUCUCCCUCGGCCUGGGGCUCCAUGCAAGAUCUCACCUUGUGGAGUUGCAAUGAUCAUGAGAACGGUGAGGAAUCAGCCCAGAACUACACGGGAGGAUCUUGUCAAUGAUCUCAAGGCAGCUGGGACCAUAGUCACCAAGAAAACAAUUGGUAAUACACUACGCCGUGAAGGACUGAAAUCCUUCAGCGCCUGCAAGGUCCCCCUGCUCAAGAAAGCACAUAUACAGGGCCGUCUGAAGUUUGCCAAUGAACAUCUGAAUGAUUCAGAGGAGAACUGGAUGAAAGUGUUGGGGUCUGAUGAGACCAAAAUCGAGCUCUUUGGCAUCAACUCAACUCGCCGUGUUUGGAGGAGGAGGAAUGCUGCCUAUGACCCCAAGAACACCAUCCCCACCGUCAAACAUGGAGGUGGAAACAUUAUGCUUUGGGGGUGUUUUUCUGCUAAGGGGACAGGACAACUUCACCGCAUCAAAGGGCUAAGGGGCCAUGCACCGUCAAAUCAUGGGUGAGAACCUCCUUCCCUCAGCCAGGGCAUUGAAAAUGGGUCGUGGAUGGGUAUUCCAGCAUGACAAUGACCCAAAACACACGGCCAAGGCAACAAAGGAGUGGCUCAAGAAGAAGCACAUUAAGGUCCUGGAGUGACCUAGCCAGUCUCCAGACCUUAAUCCCAUAGAAAAUCUGUGGAGGGAGCUGAAGGUUCGAGUUGCCAAACGUCAGCCUCGAAACCUUAAUGACUUGGAGAAGAUCUGCAAAGAGGAGUGGAACAAAAUCCCUCCUGAGAUGUGUGCAAACCUGGUGGCCAACUACAAGAAACGUCUGACCUCUGUGAUUGCCAACAAGGGUUUUGCCACCAAGUACUAAGUCAUGUUUUGCAGAGGGGUCAAAUACUUAUUUCCCUCAUUAAAAUGCUAAUCAAUUUAUAACAUUUUUGACAUGUGUUUUUCUGGAUUUUUUGUUGUUGUUAUUCUGUCUCUCACUGUUCAAAUAAACCUACCAUUAAAAUUAUAGACUGAUCAUGUCUUUGUCAGUGGACAAAAUCAGCAGGGGAUCAAAUACUUUUUUCCCUCACUGUAUAUUUGUUUUACUUAACACCCCCCCCCCCCCCCCCCCCCCCCCCCCGCAGGCCGUAUGUUUGACACCCCUGCUCUAGACCGACGGGUCGCCUCCCACAAUGUACCAAUGUUCCCUAGGUCUGGGAUUUCCGAGACAAGGUCAAAUGUGCCAGUUCUCUUCCAUGCACUGGAGUCUGUAAGAUCCAUUUAAUAGUAACAUGAGCUGCAGGUUGCAGUAUUGUAUUGCACCGUGCUGCAGAUUGAUCCUGUCAGGUCUGGUGGCUUUCAGAGUGCUUAAAGAAAGACUGUGUGUCCCAGUCUGCUGACAGGGUCUUUGAAGGCUGUCGUUCUGCCCUCUUCUCUCUAUGAUGGUAACGCCUCUUUUUUUCCCUGGUCUGACUGAACCUAGUCUGCACUUAGCCUAAAUGCUGGUGUCAGCUGUUACCGAGUACCCAGUCUGCAUGAUAGUCACAAUAUAAUGACUCACCCUCUUGUAUCUUGACCUAAAAUAAAUUCCUCUAAGAGGCAAUAAUCUAGCAGUAUUGCCAAUUAUAUGACGUUUGAUUAUCUCUUGAAGGUGAGCCACCAUCCACCAAUCUCAGCUUGUCACGCUGAUUCCAACAAGUUCACCUUCUGGCAAGGUAGGUUAUCUGUUGAAUUACAGUGUCACACACAUUGUGCACUUCCUCAAUGAGGUCAUGGUUUUCUUUUUGCAUCAAGAUGGUACCUUGACGGCUAAUUCUGCCGAUUUCUUCUCCAGAUGUCAGAUGGAAAAACAAAUUCUGGGGGAAAUCCAUGGAAAUCCUACCCAUUGGCACAGUCAGUGUUAUGCUUCCAAGGUAAUCCAGCUUUGGCCCUUUCCUUCAGCUACAGAUGCACACAAACACACUCACAAAGAUGUUGUUUUGGGGUGGACCUUCUGGCGGGCCAAACCAAACAUCUCCACGGGCCCACUUUGGUCCCCACUGUCUACAGGAGGUACCUAGAUAACUCCAUAACAGUGACGUUACCUACUUAGAGCCAUCAGGCCUCUGCCAGCCUCCCCCUGCUACAGCCAUCACUUCUCCAUGUGGAUAGGGCUCUAUGCUGGGUCCUGGGAAGCUUGAAGGAGCUACAGUAUGCCCUACUAAAGUGCCCCUGACUGGGUUAGGGAGGAGUGAGAUGGGCUGUGCUCUAUUUCCCAUCCUGUGAGAAAUGAAUCAGACAGACCGAGGAGCAGGAAAGCGGGUGGGAGGGGUGCUGAAUAAGCACAAAGAUUAUAGGACGUUGCAAGCGUCUCUGCCUCGACAGAAAAUGAGAUUGCACAGGUACCCACAAGCCCCUGCUGUUUUGUUUAAUAGACUUCUAACGCUCUGUGUUUGGUGCGAUUAUGUUGCCCAGUAAGCAUCUCAAAGACACAGACUGACUUAAUAAUCAUUGUCUGUGAUUACUGUAGAUAUCCUGAGAGUGUUUCAAGCUUUUCACACUAUCGCUAUUGUGUCGUUCAGCUUUGGUGAUCACUAUGAAUGGAACAAAGUCACCACCUGCGUGCACAACAUCCUAAGUGGCAGAAGGUGGAUCGAACACUACGGGGAGAUAACCAUCAGGAACACAAAAAGCAGUGCCUGUAUCUGCAAACUCACUUUCGUCAAGGUAAGACAUCGGUGAACUCCGCUGUGGAAAUGUCCAGUAAAAAUACUAUGAAGUCCAAAGACAAUUAUGUGCUGAGAAAUAACCAUCCUUGUGAAGCUUUUAUCACGUUACCAUAGCUGUCUCUUCAAUUUGGAAAUGUAAUUAUUGUCUAUUUGUUACCUUUCAGGUGGGGGAUGAAUGCUAUUUAUCUUACGGUCACAAUAUUACUGGUACCAUUUUGCUUGCAGGGAAAUUACUGGAGUUCUAAUGUGAAUGAGGUUCAAGGGAUCGUGAUGGACCAAGAGGGGAAGGUAGUGCAUCGGCUGUUCGGAAAAUGGCACGAGGGCCUUUACUGUGGAGUCCCGCCCUCUGCCAAAUGCAUCUGGAGGACAGGUAACGUUAAUCAUACUGUUGCUAAGCAGGAUGCUUUGAACUGUUUUGAUUGGAUUGGAUAUCUCCUUUCAUUAAGCAGAUAACAGCAUUAGAGUAUACAAUAUGCUACUAGUACAUGAGACCGUAAUAUGGGGACAAAGAACGUGUUGACACUGGAGUCAAUAGUCCACACAAUGAAAAAAGGACUUGAAACGGAUUCUUGAUCCGUGUGAUCUCUUGUGUUCUCCCCUCAGGCUCCAUGCCCACAGAUUACGAGCUGUAUUAUGGCUUCACCAGGUUUGCCAUUGAGCUCAAUGAGCUUUGCCCUGAGAUGCAAGAUCUGCUACCACCUACAGAUGCCCGCUUCAGACCCGAUCAAAGGUACAGACAGACAGCCGUUGCGCCAUCACACUUCCAGCUACUGUGAAGGUUGCAUAAUGCCCAGACAGUAUGAGAAAUGCACUGUGUGCUACUGCUGCCACCUGCAGAGAGAAUGCGGUACAGUAGCAUUAUCAUGCAGAUCUGACUACUGGACUAGUGAACCAUUGCAGCUUUAGUUGUAGUCUGAUAUACAUUUUCAGAAUUGAUUAGUGAAGCUCUAAAAAAGGCUUAAAAACUUUUUGAAAUAAGACAAAAGUCAAAUAGUAUUUGUACGGGUAAGUAUGUUGAUGAGCUUUGUGUAUUUCUCUGCUGAGUGACACUUGACAGUGUAUUUGAGUCAUAGGGAUGUUGUUUUUCUCCAUUAGGCACCUGGAGGAGGGCAAUGUGGAAAUGGCUGCCUCAGAGAAGCAGCGGAUCGAAGACCUGCAACGCACCAGAAGGAAGUGGCAAGAGGAGAACAACAUAAAACACGAGCCGCGCUUCUUCAAGUGAGUACAGAGGACAUAAAGUGUAACCCAGGCUAGCUUAAUGGGGAAGAACUAGGGCUAGAUUGGGGAAUGUAUCCCCAAGAUCGACAGCAAUAUUGUCUGGCUGUUCCUCCUAUACUUGUAUGGCUGAGUUGUCACUAAUCAUUAUCCAUUCCAUUCAUGACAUUUAACUCCCUGACGAUUUCAUUGAUUGCCCGUCUCUUUUCUACCAGGAAAGUGGUUGAUGCCAAUCAUAGGGAGCGCUGGGUCACUAACAACGCCUACUGGGAGCUUCGCAAAUCCCCCGGCUUCAUCAACAUGGAAAACCCUAAUCUAUGGUAGCAUAUGGAUCGCUAUGUAGACCAUAUCAUCAUCGCUGACAGAAGCUUUUUCCUAUGCACAAUACGGUUUUCAAAUGAAUAUCUCAUUGACAAGAUGACAGUGUGGAAGGAUACAAAAGACUUCAGAGCUGAGAGAUGCGUUGACCAACCGUCACCCUGUUUGGCGCUGCAGCCGACCAGUCACCCAUCCAAGUAUCCUCUUGGAUCCCCCUCAUUGAGCUUGCUGCAGAGGCUGGGUUGUCAGGGCAACAAUCUUACCACAUAGAUCUAUCCUAAGCUGUUUUGACUUCAGAGGAUGUCCUUGCCUUAAAAAGUCGCCAAUCCACACCACCCAUUUUAAAGCUUUUAGUGAAACCCACUUGAGUUCUGAAAGCAGUUUGAUUUAGACUAGUGUUUGGAUUAGGCCUUUGAUUACCUAUUACUGUAUGUAUCAUGCAUGUUUAGAGUUCAGCUUUCAUUGGCAUAUGCUAUAUAGACUAUAACAUUGUUGUAAAAACAAAAAUAAAAUAAAAAAAGUCUGAUAUUUUGCUAAAUAUCUUAAACUCAUAGAGUUUAGUGAAAAUGUAACUAUUAUACGAUAUUGGCAAGAUUGCUCUUAUUUUUGGAUUAGCCUUUUACCUUAGUUGAAUCUGUAUCAGAGCUGUAUUCUCUCUUGGGACACAUUUUUGUUUUUACAGUUCAUUUGUUUUAAUCACUGGUAUUGAUGGACAUUGCUGUAUACUCAGAGAUUUCCUCAGCAACUCCAAAAGACAAACCCCUUGAGCGGAGACUUUUAGUUCCAGUUUGCCUGGAAGAGGAACAUCAUUACGAGACCGGCCCAACUGCUGAUGCAUAAGCACUGACCUGAGAAACGACUUCCUUUUUGACCCUUCACCUCACUCACCACAACUGUUAUUGCAAACCACAUGUAUAAACAAUACUUUCUUGUAAUUAACUUUUACAUGUAUAGACAUUACUUAUUUCCCUUAUACAGCUCACAUUCAAACUAGUUUUAAUAGUUUAAGUUAAAAUAAAAGUUAAAAAAGUAAUUAUGAAUAUAAUUGUAAUGUUCUUUAAUUUCCUGUAAUACAAUUUCUCUGUGUUGUUGUUUGCAGUUUUGCCUGUAGUAUAACUUAAAGGACGUGUAAUACUAACACUCAGGACGUCUCAUGAUGAUCUGAAGACAUUCCUACCCAGAACAUUUGGCCUUGUGCCAUACCCUUCUGAGGAAUCUAUUUAAAACCUGGUCACUUAUCUGGAUACAUGGUUACACGACUCGUCAUUGAUUCAGUCCAUAUAUAGUGAGGGAGCCAGUGGGCUCGUCAAAUGUAUUUCCUUUUCACGUGAGUCCGGUCUCGCGUUGUUUUCUGACCAAGCCACUCUGAAAUGUCAGACAUAGUGAAAGUGGAGUGGAGUCCUCCUGUGGCAGUAUAGAGGUCAAUGUGUCCUCUACUGGGAACCACAUGACUCAUGACCAUUAGACCGUCACAACUACACCAGACUGACUACCCCCACUUAUACAAAUAGGGUAUUAUGAAACACUAGAGCCACCUACUGUCAGUUCUUUGAAAAUACUUGUAAAAUUAAUGUAUGUGGAAAUCUUAUGUAAAGAGGCCAAGGGCUUGAGUAAGUCAAACAACUUUUAUUAAGUUGUUUUAGAAUGUUCAGAACUUUAUGCUUUUGCAAAUCGUUAAACAUGGUAGAAUGUUGAUGUUAAAGCCAAAGACCAACAUUUUAAUAUGUAGAAAUAGAAACUAAUUCUUGUUCUAAAGUUUUAAUUAUGUAGUUACCACACAGCUAACGCUAUUUUAUUAUCUUAUUUUAAUAUCCUUUAAACACGUGUCCAGUUCCUAGAGCGUUUACUGCUAUGAUAUCCUUUACAAUGCACCAAUACAAUUUAAACAGUUAAUCUUUUACUGCCAAACAUUUCAGCUUUAAUGUAUAUUUGCUGUCCCCCUCCCUCUUUCACUGCGUGUACAAGUCAAUACACAAUGGUUAAAUGUGUUCAAUUACCACAGAAUCUGUAGAGUGAACAACAACAUUUUACAUUGGGAUUAUAUUUAUUUGUUCUUUGAAUUGUUUUGUCCAGAAAGAAGCCUGAAAUUGAAACAGGAAAAGUGGUUUUAUGUUAGAAAUAUGUAGAAUUGAAACGUUCAAUUGUAAAGUAAAACUAUUAUUUUGUGUGCAGUACCGCAGAUUAGAUCCAAAAAACGAUAGAUAUGACUGCAGUACCAUAUUGUAGCCAUGUGUUCAGAAAUCAAUUGUUUGUUAGCGUCAAUUCCACUUGCUGUGCCUUAAUACAUUUGAUUAACGCCUCUCACACACAAUAGUGAUAAGAAACCCCAUACAAGCCAGAUAAGAAAACCAUUUAAAAUCCAAUAAACUACUUUCCCCACAGAGUAUUGUUCCCCACAGAGUAUUAUGUACUGAAUAAUGACGGUCAGGGAAUGAACAUGUUCUGAAUGUCACAUUCCACCACAGAGGGAAUGUAUUGUCGUCUGAAAUCUUGUUAAGAGGGAGAAUGGGCGACUGGUCACACUCGUAAUUGACAUUGCCCAUAAGUAAUCUAGAAAUUAUUAUUUUCUGUGCAGUCACCCCCACACAUUUGUGAUCAGUUAUUGUCAGUACACUACUGCACUGCACUACAUCUAAACAGCGGAAUAGUCCUAUCUCCUCUUUUGGAUUAGACUGAUGCAAAGACUUCACCAUCCACUUCAACACAAUACUUUGUUCAUAAGGACAUUUGAGGAUAAUGUACUCUGUAAAGUUCAAGAUUAAUACAUUGUUUUCAGAGAGACCUGUAGAAAAUAAAGAGACUUGUUUCAUCAGAGUAGGACAGUUAGACCUGAGUAAUUCACUGGUUGCAAUGUCUAUUAUAUCUGCAUGUUUAAAUGACAUAGCCUGCCAAUGAUUGUUGCAAAUGCCUUACGAAAGAUUUUAUUUUCUCAAUUGGGCUUUAUCUUUGAGUUUCAGACUGACAUGUACCACUACGCACUGUGUCAGCUGAGUUCUAUCUAUUUUCUAAUGGGUACCUUCUAAAGUGCAAUUGUGUAAGUACAUAUCUUUCCAUGAACACUGUACACUGCUGCUACAUAGUGCUUGUUCUAAUAAAAAGAAAUAAAAC